UUUAACAAAAAAACCCUUCCUUCGUCCUGAAAGAUGGAACAGCCGCAACCACAUAUACUGUUCUUACCGUUCCCAAAACUAGGCCACAUCAAGCCCUUGCUCAGCCUAGCAGAGCUCCUAUGCUACGCUGGCCUCCACGUUACUUUCCUCAACACCGACCACAACCAUCGCUGCCUCACCCACCUACAACACCUCUCUGCUCACUUUCCUACCCUCCACUUUGAUUCCAUUUCCGAUGGCCUGCCCACCGAUCACACCCGCAAUAUACAGGUUCUGAGAGAUUUAACAGACUUUGUAGUCUCGCUCAAGUCCGUCACCAAGCUACGCUUCCGCGAUUUGCUGGCUCACUUAAGCACAAAGUCCGAGCUUCCAGUCACUUGUGUAAUAGCCGAUGGAAUUAUGUCUUUCGCAAUUGAUAUUGCUAAGGAAUUGGGCGUUCGCGUAAUGACGUUUUGGGCCUUCAGUCCAUGCUCCUUGUGGUCCUUUUUCUGCCUUCCCAAGCUCAUUGAGGAAGGCCAGAUUCCAGUUGGAGGUGAGGCGGACAAUGAUAUGGAUCAGAUGGUCAGAGGCGUGCCAGGUAUGGGGAGCCUUUUGCGACGCCGAGAUCUACCCACCCAUUACAGAAUACAAUUAAUGGAUGACCCUGUCUUUCCAUUCUUUUUCGAGGAGAUCAAGGCCAUGAUUCGAACUUCGGCUCUCAUACUCAACACCUAUGACGACCUCGAAGAUCCUGCUCUCUCUCACAUUGCCCCUCUCUUUUCUAGAAUUUACACAAUUGGACCUCUCACUGCCCUCCUUACAUCCCGUAUUGAACAUGACAUCUCGCGGUCUUUAUCAUCCUCUAAUAAUUUAUGGGAAGCGGACCACAGUUGCAUGACGUGGCUCGAUUCACAAUUAUUAAGAUCUGUUGUUUACGUCAGCUUCGGCAGCACGGGGUUUAUGACACGUGGUCAAAUGAUGGAGUUUUGGCACGGCCUGGUCAACAGUGGCAAGCCGUUUUUAUGGGUUGUACGGCGUGAUGACAUUGAGGGUGCGGAAGAAGAGCAGCCAAUACCAGAGGAGCUACAAGAGGGCACCAAAGAAAGGGGCUUUUUGGUGGAUUGGGCUCCACAAGAAGAAGUCUUGGCCCAUCAGGCGGUGGGUGGGUUUUUGACCCAUAAUGGCUGGAACUCCACUCUAGAGGGCAUUGUUGCUGGGGUCCCUAUGGUUUGUUGGCCCACAGUGGCCGAUCAGAAUAUUAAUAGCAGGUGGGUUAGUGAGGUAUGGAGGAUUGGCCUUGACAUGAAGGACACGUGUGAUAGAUCGACGAUUGAGAUGAUGAUAAGAGCAGUGAUGGAGGAGAGAAGGGAGGAUAUCAUGAGGUCAAUGGAUCGGAUUAUGAAAUUGGCUCAUGAUUGUGUUAACCAGGGUGGAUCUUCCUACCACAAUUUGGACAAGCUUAUUGAAGACAUAAAACAAGUAUGAUUUAUGACCUUAUUUUCCAUAAGUUUUAAUGCAUGCAUGCAUGUACGUAAGUAAUAAUGGUACUCUUAUAUAUAUGUUUUUUGUUGUUGUUGUGUUUACGUGUUUGGUAUUUGACAACUUGAGGAAUCAAUGGCAUGUAAUAAGAUUUGACUAUGUUUGUUUCA